AUGGCGUCAAUGACCAUGAGAGGAGAUACUGCUCUUAUUGAAGCAGCAAGGGGAGGAAACUGUGAUGUUGUAGAAUUACUGUUGAAGAAAGGAGCUGAUCCUUCACAUUCAAACUAUUAUGGAAAUAAUGCUCUUAUUGUAGCAGCAGGGGAAGGACAUUAUGACAUUGUACAGCUGCUAUUAAAGAAUGGAGCUAACAUAAAUGAUGAAAAUAUUUUCAGAGAAACUGCUCUAGCUGUAGCAGCAAGAAAAGGAUAUGAUAACAUUGUACAACUAUUGUCUGAAGAACCUCAUCAAAAUAUUACAACUCAUAACUCAACUCAGAGCUCUACACCUCCCAGUACGUCAGCUGGAAUAAAUCAGACAAGUAAAGGCACAACCUCUGCUGAUGAUGUAGCUGCUAUCACUGAGAAGCUAGAGGAGUUACAGAGUUACCUACCACAGAUGUCUGAAAUGAUAGACAAAAUGAAAGAGAGUGGUCCAUCCAAUCAACUGAAUGAAUUCAACAAUUUGUACCAAGCAAUACUAACCAAGACUACAAGCAUUAGCAUGAGCACAUUACAAACGGGUCAUAUUGUUUUGAAGAAAAUGUUUCCUGAAGACUCAUCUACAGAUACUGAUAGCAUUAAAGACAAGGCGUCUAUAAGUGCUACUUUUGCAGAAAUUGAUCUGAUACAUCUUCAAGAAGCAAUGGAAGAUGGCCUUGUUGAGUCUUUUGUCACCAAAGCUGUAGUACAAGGAGAAGCUCGAGUAGGCAAGAGUUCAGUGAAAUCACUACUUGUUUCUGAGCCUUACACUGAUAAUACCAGCACUAACUGUAUCGAACCACCAUGUGUAGCUGUUAAGUGCUAUGGCCACACUGGAAAAUACUGGGAACGAAUUAAUGAAGAGGAAAUGGGAAUAAAAGUAAUUGCUGCAGUUCAGUCAGGUGCUAUGAAAAAAUCAGAGUCACAAUCUCAUGCUGAGGAAAUGGAUCUUAGUAAGCCCAGUGAGCUACAUGUUAAAAAAUCCAAUGUUAAAAAGCAACAGAAGUAUCCAUCUAAGGCUUCCAAGUUUCGAAAUGAAAGUGUUCCUAUGGAUGAUUAUUUUUCCAGUUCUGGUGGUGCUUUAGCUGCAGCUACAAUAGAGUUGACUAGUGACAGUAGUGAGAAAGAUGCUGUUGUUAGGGUGCGCAAGUUUUAUCAAAAAUGUAAGCGGAGUCAAAAAGAAGGAACAAGUCUUCAUGGUCGUCGUUGGCUCUAUUUCAUUGAUUCUGGGGGCCAGAUUCAGUUUCAAAAACUACUCCCAGCGUUCAUGCCGUAUGCAUCAGUUUUACUUUUAGUAGUUAAUUUAUCUAAGAAUCUUAGUGAUCCAUCCUCUACAGCAAUGCAGCUUUCUGAGAAAGAAAUUAGUGUUGGCCAGCAUUCACUCUCAGUUAUUGAGAUUUUGAAGAAUCUGCUCUCUGCAAUAGCCUCCAGUGCCCAGCGAUAUCGCUCGUUGAUUGCUGAUGAUCCUGUUCUUUCAAAAUGCAUCACACCUCCUUCAGAUAAGUUGAAAGUGCUUCCCGUUGCUACUCACCGUGACAAAUAUGAAGAAGCACUAAAGGAUGGUAAAGAAUCGAUUGUUAAUAAAAAAAUAACAAUAAAUGAAAUCUUUCAUCGUCAUGAGACUUGUGAGAUAGUGGGAUGUGAAGGUAAAAUAUAUCUGUAUGAGGUUGAUGGCCGUAAAGCUCGAGAUAAUGUCUUUGAGAAUCUACAACCAGAUUCGGACCUAUAUAAGAUAGCUCAAGUAUUGGAGGAUAAUGCAUAUCAAAUCAAAGUUCCGUUGAAGUGGUAUUGCUUUGGUGUCCUUCUCCAUGAUGUUGCUAAGGAAGGUUGUGGUGUUUUAAGUUUGUCUUUUUGUCAAAAACUUGCCCAACAAUUAAAAGUCAAUUUGUCGUCUGAAGAAUCAUUAAGUGCUAUUAAAUUUCUCAGUUUUCUCAAUAAAUUACUCUUUUAUCCUGAUUCACCUGCCGGAGAUCUCGUUUUUGUUAAUAUAGAGAGUCUCAUUAACAUUCUUAGAGAUUUACUAGUUUUUAUUUGCAACACUCAUUCUGAAGCAAAUCUUCUACUUCCUGAUCAAAAAGCACUCGUGUGUAAAGGUCAUCUCUCCAUUGAAAUUCUUAAAAAGGCAUCAAAAAGUUGUAAUGAAAUAUGUGAGGAAUUUUCUGACUUUGAUAUGAAGUUACUUGGUCUUUUUGAAUAUCUUCUGAUUGCUACAAAGUUACCUGAGAAAGAUACUUUCUUCAUGCCAGCUCUUUUACCAAUAAAAGAUGUAUCUGACAUCAAUCCCUACCCUAACACAACACCUCUGUUGUUGUAUUUUGAAAAUGCUAUUCCAAUGGGUCUCUUUUGUGCAGUCAUUGUUCAUCUUCUCUCACACAAAGAAUCUCCAUGGACAGUUGUUGAACAAUCAAACUUUUCAAACUAUUUCACUUUACAAUGCCCAGACCUUCUUGAAAGUAGAAUUAUUCUUGUGGAACAACUCAACUGUAUCACGCUUCAUUGUAGAGCAGAAGAUGAUUUUAUUCCAGCAAGGGAUGCUGUGGAAAAAGCAGUUGCCGUAGCAAUGUCUAAGCAUAAACUUAGUAUGUGUGAGAAGCCAAAAAGAGCAUUUUACUGUCUCUGUGGUAAAGGAAGGCAUAUAGCUGAAGUAUCAUGGGUUAAACCACAACAUCGCUAUGUUUUUCGUUGCACUAUUGACUAUGAGUCUCAAAAAUUGCCUGACUGCUUGAAUUGGCUAGAUCAGACAAGUAAAAGAAAACGACAACAUGAUGAGUUACAACAUUUACCUUUUGUUCUGGAAACAAAUAUUGCAUAUCAAGUUCUUGUAGAUAGCACAGAAGAGAUCAAAGAAUAUUUUUCUGAUGAUUUUUCAGAAAUCGCAAGCAAGCUGCUUCAGAUGAAUCUGAUCACUGAAAGAGAGAGGAGUGUUAUAUCUGAUGCAAAUAUUGGGCAAAAUAAGUAUCAGCGGAUGGAAAAAUUAAUGGAGCAUGUUAAAGUUGCAGUUAAAAUUAAGGAGUCAGUUUUCUUCCUCUUCUUAAAUAUUUUUAAUAAGAAAGGUACUCAAUCUGCUACAGAAUUUGCUCGAAAACUAAUGCAAAGGUAUGAAGAUAAACUGUCUGAUGCUCAUCUGGAGUCAUCAUCAAAAAGAGCCAAACAGUAUGAAAGGGAUUAGCUGUUUGAUUUUUUUAAUUUUUGUAAAUCCCUCAUGUUUCUUAUAUUAUUAUUUUAUACUUCUUGCAAAAGUUAUUGUCUGCAGCAUGCAAACCAC